CUGCUUGCUCAGGCCGCCUUGCAUGGAUCGCGACGCUCUCCAUCCCCCCGAAACGGCCGAGCGACGCAGCGAGCCGGAGAGAUGCUCAGGGGUAAAUAUGUCCUACUGCACACCGGCGUGGCGAAGACGUCCUCUGCUGUCGUCCGUCCUCUGUCUGGUGCUUCUGGAGACCCUCGGCGCUGCCCAGCUGCUUCCGCCGGCCGCCGCCCCUCUGUUUGACGGGCAGCCCUUUGUGGCCGCGUGGAAUGUCCCCACGGGCGUGUGCCAAAGGCUUGGGGUGGCGCUGGACAUGGCGCCCUUCCAGCUCGUGACCACGCCCGCCAAGGUGGUGGGGCAGCCUCUCAUGCUGUUCUACAGCGACCGCCUGGGGCUGUACCCACGGGUGGAUGCCAUCACCCACAGCCUGCUCCACGGGGGAAUCCCCCAGAGGGGUGACCUGCGGGCCAGUCUGGCCAAAGCCCGGGCCGACAUCGCCCACUACAUCACUGCGACCACGGCACCCGGCCUGGCUGUUAUCGACUGGGAAGACUGGCGUCCUGUGUGGGAGAGGAACUGGGGCCCCAAAAGCAUUUAUCGCUCGCUGUCAGUCAGCCAUGCUCGCCAGAGGUACCCCUUCCUGUCCCCUGAGCAGACAGUCCGCGUAGCCAGGCGCCACUUCCAGGCCGCGGCCCGGAGCUACAUGUGCGCCACCCUGUCUCUGGCCACCAAGCUCCGGCCAAAUUACCAGUGGGGAUACUACCUGUAUCCUAACUGCUACAACUACGGCUGGGAAGAGGCGGGCUACACGGGACGCUGCCCCCCAGAGGUGGUGCAGCAGAAUGACGACCUUGGGUGGCUAUGGCAGAGCAGCACGGCGCUAUUCCCUUCUGUUUACCUCACUGCCUCGCUGGGCGGGGGGAGCCACACGGCGCUCUUUGUCCGCCACCGCGUCCAGGAGGCCAUGAGGACCGCAGCCUUGGCCCGGCCCGCCGCCGCCCUCCCCGUCUACGUUUACACCCGGCCCGUUUUUGUUGAUCAGAACCGGCGCUUCCUCAGCCAGGCGGAUCUGGUCAGCUGCAUCGGGGAGAGUGCGGCCGCGGGUGCGUCGGGCUCCGUGCUGUGGGGGGCCAGUGCCGACUACAACGACACGGCCUCCUGUGAAGCGCUCUCCGCGUACCUGUCCUCCACUCUUGGCCCCUACGUCGCCAACGUGACGGCAGCGGCCAGGCUGUGCAGCGCCGUGCUCUGCCAGGGACACGGCCGCUGCCUGCGGAGGCGCCGCGACACUGAUGACCACCUGCACCUGAACCCCGCCAGCUUCAGCAUCCUCCGGUCCGAGGGGGGGUACCUGGCGGUGGGGAGCCUCACAGCCUCAGAUCUUGCCAAACUGGCUGACAAGUUUACAUGCCAGUGCUAUGCUGGGCGGAGCUGCUCGUCUGAGAUAUCCCCCGAGCUGCCCCCCAACCCCGUGGUAAUUCACGUGUAACCGGGGGCCAUUCUAGGAUUAUUUAAAGUGGGGGUGGGGGCAUAAUUCGUAUAUCAUGUCCAACCUUAUCAUUAGUCCCUGUACAUAGCUAUAGGCCUCGUUUGGGCUCCAACGUAAAUGUCAAUGCUCUCUGAGAUGCUCCUCAAUUGCUAUAAAAAUAGUUUAACUAUCUUAUAAAUAGAUUAAACGAUAGAUAAAACAUCACUUUCAUGUGUGCUACAAGUACAUCAACCUUGAUUUUAUUUUUCCUUGGGUCUUUUUGUCUUUGACUAAACUUGAAAUUAAUAACUGGUACAUUAAACAAUACAUUCAGACGCAGAUUCAAUUGCUUGGAAAAAAAAUCCCUUGAAUGCCGAACAUAUUACCAUAAGGUGACAUUUGAUAUCCCUAACCCUAACCCUAACCCUAACCCUAACCCUAACUCUUUGAU